AUGAUAAGUCCGCGUAACAUCAAGGAGGCUCAGCAGCUGUCAGGUCGCCUGACAUCACUCUCUCGGUUUCUACCCUGUUUAGCCGAAACUGCAAAACCCAUCAUCAGGCUGCUGAAGAAAGUAAACAAAUUCACAUGGCCGGAGGAAUGUCAAACAGCUUUUCAAGCUUUAAAACAGCGUCUCGGAACUCCUCCAAUCCUUUCACAGCCCGACCCUACUUUGGACAUCAUUGUUUAUAUGUGCGUUUCGCACGAGGCUAUCAGCUCGGUAUUGAUACAAGAAAAGGAGACCCAAAUGCCUAUUUACUUCAUCAGCCGGAUGUUACAAGAGUCGGAAGGGAGGUAUCAGCUACUUGAAAAGGUUGCACUCGGACUUGUUCACACGGCUCGUAGACUUCGGCAGUACUUUCAGGGGCAUAAAGUCGUGGUACGCACCGACUGCCCUAUCGCUAAGGUUUUGAGAAAACCUGAGCUGGCAGGCCGCAUGAUGGCAUGGUCUAUUGAGUUGUCCGAGUUUGACAUCUCAUUCGAACCAAGGGGCCCGAUAAAAUCACAAUGCUUAGCAGACUUUGUUAACGAAUUGCAGUCGACAGGACUUUUUGAAAGUGAUCAAUGGACGAUCCGGGUCGACGGGUCGUCUAAUAACCAAUGCAAUGGGGCCCGUGUCAUUCUUGAAGCACCGACAGGCAUGGAACUUGAACAAUCGCUGCGAUUUGCGUUCAAAGCCUCUAAUAACCAGGCCGAAUAUGAGGCAUUGUUGGCAGGUUUGAGGCUAGCCCGAGAAGUGGGCGUCCGAAAACUAGUCUGUUGGACCGAUUCAAAGGUCGUCUCAGAACAAGUAAAUGAAAAUUUUCAAGUUAAAGACGCCCACCUGUUGAAGUACUAUCAUACGUUCCGGAAUAUGUGCCAAUUUUUUGAUGAAGUAAUUGUAAAGCACACACCCCGUGAAAACAAUGAAAGAGCCGAUCAGUUAGCCCGGUUGGCUACGAGCAGUGGUAAACCUGGACAGCUCCGAACCACUCUUCACCUCGAGCUCGCCGUUCCAAGUAUCGACAGCACUGAUUGUUUAUCGGUCUCUAAGCCGUCACCAACAUGGAUGACUGAUAUCACCCGCUUCAUUUCGGAAGGCGUUGAACCUACAUGUCCCUCAGCUGCCAAAAAGCUUCGAACUCAAGCCGCAAGGUACUUGGCCAAUUAUGUGCUGAGGGAAGUUCAUGAAGGAAUUUGUGGUUCUCACACCGGAGGGCGAACUUUAGCUGCUAAGGUACUUCAGGCUGGCUAUUACUGGCCCACACUCAAGACCGAUUGCAUGGAAUUCGUCAAAAAAUGUGUCCAGUGCCAAAAACAUGGCAAUUUGAUACAUGCAUCAGCCGAACAACUACACAACAUCAAUUCACCUUGGUCGUUCGCCCUGUGGGGAAUGGAUAUACUCAGACCAUUCCCAAUGGCUAAAGGGCAAUGCAAAUUUCUGUUAGUUGCGGUGGAUUAUUUCAACAAAUGGAUUGAGGCCGAGCCUCUCGCCACUAUCACAACACAUAAUCUUCAGAAAAUCCUUUGGAAACACGUCAUCACACGCUUUGGGAUUCCUCAUGCCAUCGUCACUGACAACGGACUUCAAUUCACAGAUCAGAAACUCAACAAAUUUCUUCAAGACUUGGGAGUCAAACACAGAUUCACGUCGGUCGAACACCCCCAAUCAAACGGCCAGGCUGAGGCCGCUAACAAAGUCAUCCUCUCGGAAUUGAAGAAGCGCUUGGGGGCAGCAAAGGGCGCAUGGGCCGAGGAGCUCUCGGAAGUACUAUGGGCGUAUCGGUGUACACCUCAAUCCACAACUCGAGAGACCCCUUUUCGACUAACAUAUGGCACCGACGCAAUGAUACCAGUUGAAGUCGGAGAACCUUCCUUUCGUCGAACACAUUUUGACGAAGAGUCCAAUGAGGCAUCUUUACGAGCGAAAAUUGAUUUAGUCGAGGAAAUACGCCCUCGGGCUCAGGUUAUAGCCGAAGCAUGUAAACAGAGGAUGACACGAAGGUUCAGCUCUAACCUCACCAAAAGAAGCUUCAAGGAAGGGCAUUUAGUGUGGAGAAUACAGGGAUCGGCAAGGCGCAAUCCGCGGGAAGGCAAGUUGGCAGCUAAUUGGGACGGCCCGUUUCGAGUUCGACAGUCUCGACAAUGGCGCGUAUAA